GGAGAUGUCGAUCGCCGACUCAUUUGCGGGCUUCCAGAAUAGUAAUUGGGCUACCUGUCAAGCGAACGGUCAAGGCUGCGGUCUCAACUUCAAUGCGCCGCAGGAUCCGACCUAUUAUGCCGACCCGAAGAACUGCUAUCAGGGUAGCAUACCAUCGUACUACAUCGAUGUCCAAGAGGUGUCUGAUGUGCAAGCCGGGCUCAAGUUUGCCAGUGAUACAGGCAUUCCACUCGUGGUCAAGAACAGCGGUCACGACUACAAGGGACGAUCAAGCGCUCCAAACGCGUUGAGCCUUUGGACGCACAACAUUCAAACUCCUAUCAAGCUUACUCGUGGCUUCACUCCCGACGGCUGCUCCGCUCCAGCUGGCGAUGCAGUCACGCUUCCAGCUGGUCAGGGCUUCAAAGGCGUAUACGAAUUCGCAGAAGCGAACAAUAUCACCGUGCUGGGCGGAAGCAGCAGUACUGUGGGCCCAGUUGGAGGUUGGAUCAACGGCGGUGGACAUGGCGCUCUGUCAAAUACUCUGGGCUUGGGUGUGGACAAUGUCCUCGAGAUUAAAACUGUCCUGCCUUCUGGAGAGUACGUUACUGCGAAUCGAUGUCAGAAUCAAGACAUAUUCUUCGCCCUUCGUGGCGGAGGAGGAUCCGCCUUUGGCGUCAACAUGGAGAUGACUACGACGGCUCAUCCUCAGGUAAGUCACAGUUUUUCAUCAUACAUCAUCUUCGCCUCACUCGACCUCGACUCCCGCCGCAAACUCGUCAAGAUCUGCGCCCAAAACGCCGAUAAAUGGGCAACAGAAGGCUGGGGCGGCUACAUCGCCCCAGGCGCCAAAUCAACCCAAACCUCCGGCCUCAUCCUCAUGACGCCCAAACUCACCCACGCCGAAGCCGUCAUCUCCAUGAAACCCCUCACAAACUUCGCCGCCUCCCUCCUCAACCUUCCCCAAAAGAACGGCGUCCACUCCGAGCCGUCAUUCUACCAAGCCUACCAGAAAUACAUCGUCCCGAACCAGGAAGAAGUCGGUCUAGGCAUCGCCGUCGGCUCGCGUCUCAUCCCUCGCGCCAGUUUCCAGUCUGCUUCCGGCCAAGAAGCGGUCACCAACGCCAUCAUCAAGGCUUCGAAUUUCGUCACGCCAAUCUUGGUGACUGCGCCCAGCAGCUACCAGACCGACAACACCAGCUCCGUCACUCCUGCUUGGUAUGGUCCGAAUGGUGCGGUCUGGCAUGUGCUUGUCGGCCAAUGCUUCGCCAACGACGCCACCGCGAGCGAGAUCCAGGACGCUUUCAGCAGGGCUCAUAAUGCUGCGGACGUUUUGCGCGCUGUGGCUCCGGAUAGUGGAGCGUAUCAGAAUGAAGCGGAUAUUUUCGAGCCGUCGCCCGAGGACAGUUUCUGGGGACAGGAGAAUUACCAGAAAUUGCUGGGCAUCAAGCAGCAGAUUGAUCCGAAUAAUGUGUUGACUUGUUGGGGUUGUGUUGGGUGGGAUAAGAGUGAUGCGAGGUAUUCUUGCUAUCCGAGCAUUUGA